GUUUCGUCAUAUCACGUUCACUCUUAUUUUGAAAACAGUUUUCACACACUCGCACCGUAAUGCCUGGUAUAUACGUGUACUGAAAAAUAUCGGGCGGGCUAGCUUGACUGUGUUUUCCGAAGUGGCGGCUGGCUUGACCGCAGUCCUUGUCGGGUAACAAAACAUCCAGAUGAAAAGAUGCAGUCUAUUCACAUAGAUGUGUCAAAGGACGCCUCAUUUGUAGCUGAAUAUUUUCCGACGACAUUUGAACGCAACACGUAACGCCGAGUGCACGCGGCCAAUGACGUCGGCAGAAACGUUAACGAAAUGUAUGUGUACACACAUGUAAUCAUUUCCGCCUGCCUGUGAGAUCUUCACUAUUGCCGCCACGCCGUGAGCGGACCGAACCCGAGCGGAACCGGGGCGGUCAUCUUCUGAGUGCUGAGCAAUCGACACCUUUCGACCACUUCGUUUCCGGGCCCGGGCCCCUCUGUGGGAGACAUCGGUAGCUAACUUAGCUAGCAUAGCUGGUGAACUUUACCCGUCGCUGCUGAGUGAGCGACGGUCGACUUUAUUUAGCGAGCGAGCUGUGGCCAAAUACGAGGACGGGUUUUGAACUCUACGAUUUCAGUGUUGCUAACUGUCGAAGAGUCGCUACUGGCCGAUCUGUCGGUCGACGUCCCUGCAUCAUUAGAGGUCAUUCUGUUGCGUCUAUCGAGCCAGCUGUAACCGGGAAGCUAGCGCGAGUCAUGAAGAGCCUUCCGUAUUUCAGCCGGGGAGAGGUCAUCCGAGGCUUCGGCAGAGGAAGCAAGGAACUUGGAAUCCCCACUGCCAACUUUUCUGAUGCAGUGGUGGACACUCUUCCAGGAGAUAUAGGCACAGGGAUCUACUACGGCUGGGCCUGUGUCGGUAAUGGAGAAGUCUAUAAGAUGGUGAUGAGCAUUGGCUGGAACCCUUACUACAAAAACACCAAGAAGUCCAUGGAGACUCAUGUGAUUCACACAUUCAAAGAGGAUUUUUAUGGGGAGAUUCUCAGUUGCGUCAUGGUGGGCUACAUCCGUCCAGAGAGAAGCUACAGCUCACUGGAAGCACUCAUUGAAGCCAUAAACAACGAUAUUGAGGAGGCCAAGAUGAAGCUGGAGCUCCCAGAGCAUCUCAAACUGAGAGACGACAACUUCUUCACCAGCGCUCCCAGCCCGCCGUUGGAUCUGCCCCCCACCAGCGCAUCCACAUCACAGACUAUUAUGAAUGGUCACUGACAGCUGGCUGGGACUGUAGCACUUUGUUCACACAUCCACACACACACACCAGAAAAAGACCACGUUUUCUUUCCACACAGUGUAUGUGUUAAUUAAACGACAACGCCUCAUUCUGAGAUCACUUAGCUGCCAUUAUGUCUGCUUAUGGACAUACUCUAAAACAACCCAUCUUUUUUUUCUUUUCUUUUUCUCUACUGUUUAAUAACUUCCUGUAUUGCUUUGUUCCAGACAGCCAAUCACUUAAUCUAUCUUUAUUUGUAUAUAUCCACAACAGAGAUGGCCUCUGUAUAUAAUGGAAGACACAAAUGGUCCAUACUAAACUCUUGCCAAGGUCGAAAAAAAGAUACUAAUGUGACACUUUUUUUCUGUAUCGGAGAGGGCAUUAUUAUCUGUAACAAAAACCCUGGUCAAACUGUUGAUGAAUAUGCAAACAUUUAGCUAAAUGCAAGUCAUGUGUGACGACGGGGACAUUAAAUUAUUAAUGUAAAUUCAACAAUUUUAAAAUCUGUCUUAUUUCCCUCAAGAAAAAUCUUUCCCUUGUGAGACACACGCCCUGUACUGUUUAUCACUGCCCUUCAAUGGAUGACCUUAAUACUUUGGACCAGAGACUGAUUGUUUUUAAGGAUAUAUAUAUAUAUUUUCAAUGCAUUAGCUUUCUGGGUUUAAGUGGUACUCUUUUGAUGCGAAAUAUCCUUCUAGUUUUCUCAGUCAAGGAAUGCAGGCUGGAUGAGCGAGCACAUUCUUAUGCACGUCUGUUACGUAGUGUCAUUUCUUUUUCUCUUUUGAUCUCUGCAAAAGGCAGCAGUCUUUGAAAUGUAUAAACUCUUGAUUUCUACCAUAAAUAUUUAAAAGCAGGUUCAUGCAUUGCACAGUAACCUAACAUUUGCAAAAUAUUGAUCUUCAUUAGACUCCUUUGUUCAUAGGGUUUUUCAAAGAACAUAAAAACAUGAUUGUGCUUUACAUGGUUUGCUUGGGUCUGUUUGUGUAUGUGCACUGCUAGGUUUUACAAAAAAAAUGGCACGCAAUAUGUUGAUUUCUUCAAACCCCUGUAAAUUGUUAUUAAUAAAUGAAAUCUGAGUCUAGAUAUGUAAUUUGGGAUUUGGUCUAUUUUAAAUUAAAGUGUUAUUUAGAAAGAUGUGAAAAAUAUGACUGCAGUCCUGAAACAGUAGCUAUGUUCAUCUCCAAAGAAGUCUUUCCGGGUACCUUUCUAUUCUGUAUGGUAGUUUGUGUAAGUUUCCUUUUUUAGAAAUUUGCUGGAAAAUGAAAGAAUGAAUCCAGGAAGCAGUUCAUCACUGUAUUCAUGACAACUGCACUUCUGUGAAAAGCUUUUAUUUCAUGCUGAAUGCUACAGUAUCCAUUAUAUUCAUCUUCUAAAGCACUUAGUGUACAAAGUACAACAUUAUACAAUAAACUUGAAUGUAACUUUGAA